CAGACGUUGAACGUGUGGCGAAGCGGGGACCAGAAGCAUGGACGGGAUCUGGACUCUGGUUGUGUUUGUGGGAGUUGUGUGUUCUGCUGCGCCUGGUUCGACUCAAGACCCGUCCAAGACGUUGUAUCUGAUCUCAGGUCCGGAGGUGUUGCAUGCUGGAACACCCACUUUGCUGGCUGUCACCUUCCAUGCUGACUUCUCUGGCAGGGUGACGGCUGAGGUGGCACAUGGCGACACCAAAGUUGCCCAGACAGAGGACUUCCAAGGAGGUUUGACCCGAGUCCUCACACUCCCUCCUAUUCUUGGAUCUAUAAGCCAGAAUUCCCUCUUAAACUUGACGGUGAGGGGCUACAAAGAGGACAGUCUUAUUUUCACCAACACCACCACCCUCAGCUUCAGCCCCAGGAAUGUCUCCACCUUCAUUCAAACCGACAGAUCACGCUACCUACCGGGCGACACCGUCAGAGUCAGAAUUGUGUCUGUACAGUUGGAUAACCAUCCGUACAAAGGCAGAGUGGAUAUUUCUGUACAGGAUCCCAGCGGGAACGUUGUCGACAGGUGGGAGUCCACAGGGAAUCUGGGGAUUGUGUUGCGGGAAUUCAGUUUAUCCCAGACGCCUCCUCUCGGACAGUGGGCGAUCACAACCGCAGUGAAUGGCGUGACUGAUGCGAGAGCAUUCGUUGUGGAGCAUUAUGAGCAUCCUGACUUUGAAGUGCUGUUGAAGACACCUUCACGGGUCCUCGUUGGAGAUAACCUAUCAGGAUCAGUGAGAGCACUUUACCCAAGUGGACAACCUGUACAAGGAACACUAACUGUCUCAGUCACUCUGGCGUCCGUUACGCACAAUGCAGCCUCUCCAUUCAUGCUAACACAAACUAAAGACAUCUAUGGGUCGACACAGUUUUUCUUCAGCAAGGAUGUGCUUCAAGGAAUUAGCAGCCGUGUACAUGUUGCUGCCUGUGUUACCGACAACUCCACAGGAUUUAAACUGAACAAAACAGUUGAAGUCCGCCGCAUGGCGAACGCAUUCCAGCUUACGUUCCACGGUUUUCCACCGACUCUGAAGCCAUCUUUACACUUCUCUACAAAACUAAGGAUCUCUAGAUAUGACGGAAAGCCACUCCGCUCACAGGAUAGAAUGUACUCUGCUGUUAUUGAAGUCACUCAGAGAAUAUCCGCGGCGAAUGCCGAAAACACAACUCUGACACUCGCAGUGCCUGAGGACGGGAACGUCCACAUUAAGUUUGAAUCACAGGAUCAAGUAGGGAUGCUUUUCAUUCGGGCAAGAUUCCAAUCCAGUGAGGAGACUCUGACUGUCUACAACAACUACUCCUCUCCUAGUGGCUCAUAUAUUCAGAUCUCCCCAAUCGACACCCUACCUGCACAGAUUGGAUCGUCUCUUCGGAUAGAUGUGAAAGGCACCUUUCAACCAACUAUGCUUAACUUUGUGGUGAGCUCUAGAGGUCAAGUGGUGGCCGCUGGGACAAAAACUUCCCCCUCUUUUACUCUGACCCCAACACUGUCCUGGUCCCCCGAGGCCUGUGUCACGGUCUACAGCAUCCUUUCUGACGGAGAGGUCGCCAGUGACACAGCGCACAUACCCAUCAACCAACACAACUAUGUAUCUCUUAGUUGGAGCGCUGACAAAGCCCAACCAGGUGAGCAAGUAUCGCUCACCGUGACUGUAAUAGAACCGAAAUCCCAGGUGGGAAUCGUGAUAAUGGGGGCGCAUGAUGACGCUCCGCAGGCUGACCACGGCUUGAAAGUGGAGCAGGAAUGUAAUAUUAGGAUGCUGACCAAUACCAGACUAUAUAAGAAAAACAAGCCUGACGGACCUAAAUAUGAAGCAGAUGCCCUAACGGUAGAGAACUACUGGAGCCUUUGGAUGGACGACACUGAAUCCUUGCUGUGGUUUGACACUAAUGUUAGUGAUAAAACAUGGACAAGUGGGGAAAUAACAGUGCCAGAUGGCGUUACGUCUUUGAGAGCUGUUGCACUGGUGAUGUCAGACAACCUGGGUUUGGGCUUCACUCCUGUGCCACAAAAGCUGCCCGUUUCCAAAGAUUUUUCCUUGUCUCUGGAUGUCCCAUCAUACCUCAUCAGAGGAGAGGAGAUAGUGCUGGAGUUGAACGUCAUCAACCAUUUAGAGCACGACAUAGAGGUCAUGGUGCUGCUAGCACAGAGUGAGGCCUUUGAGUUUGUUUUGGCUCGCAAAGGGGAUGUCUUGGUGGUAAAUGCCCAAAAGCUAAUCUUAGGGAGCCAUGCGUCUGCUUCAGCGCUGUUCCCUAUAAGGCCUGUGGCUCUGGGCCAGAUGGAAAUAUCUGUGGACGCCGUAUCUGCGGAGGCCUCAGACAGCCUUGUUUGGAGAGCGCUUGUGAAGCCUGAGGGAGUUGAACAGUCCUUCUCAGAGACUCUGUUCCUGGGGAUGGAAUCAGCGAAACCCAACAGUUCCAGAUCCGUCUCCUUCGCCUUUCCACCAGAUGUGGUUCCGGGCAGCCAGCGGGCCCAUGUGGCAUUGGUUGGUGAUAUCUUGGCCUUGUCCAUCAGCAACUUGGAUUCGCUGGUUCAGUUGCCUCUUGGUUGUGGCGAGCAGAACAUGAUCCACUUUGCUCCAAGUAUUUAUGUCACCCAGUACCUGGACAAGUCCGCCCAGGACCAUAAAGAGAUCAGGAGCAGGGCUCUGGGCUACAUGAAGGAAGGAUAUCAGAGACAACUGUCCUACCAACUAGAUGAUGGUUCAUUCAGUGCUUUCGGAGCCAGCGACCCCUCUGGUAGCACAUGGUUGACAGCCUUCGUGCUGAGGUGCUUCCUCCAGGCUCAGCCAUACAUGCAGAUAGAACAGAGUGUCCUGUCCAGGGCUGUGACUUGGCUCUUGGAACACCAAGGGCCCCAGGGAGAGUUCAGAGAGGUGGGCAGGUUGAUCCACACGGAGAUGCAGGGAGGACUGGAUAAUGGUCCGGUGGCACUCACUGCCUAUGUGCUGAUGGCACUGCUGGAGGACGAGAACUACAUGGAAACGUACUCAGGGAAUGUGUCCCUGGCCCAGACGUACCUGGAGGACAAAGUGUCCAGUGGAGUGGUCAGUAACUACAGCCUGUGUCUGGUGGCCUAUGCUUUAGCUCUUGCUAAUAGUCCUGUGGCUGGCAUUGCCCUGACUGAGCUCAGCAGGAGAGCUGACUACAGAGAUGGAGUCAUGAUGUGGAGAUCCUCAGCUGGCCUGGAGUCACAUGACUGGCAGCCGCGCUCAGCACAGAUCGAGAUGACCUCUUACGUGCUACUGGCUUUUUUUAAGCGUGGCAGCUUGGUGGAGAGCAUUGCACUCAUGAAAUGGUUGAGCAGGCAGAGGAACCAUCUAGAAGGCUAUGGGACAACACAGGACACAGUAGUUGCCCUCCAGGCUUUGGCUUGUUACGCUGCCUUCAAUGGUGCCAACGCCAUCGACGUCAGACUCGGCAUAUCUGACCCAGCGUCUUCGUUUGUGUCACUAUUUGCCAUCAACUCCACCACAUAUCUGACGUAUCAGAGCCAAGAGAUUGAUGCCGACAAAGAUAUAAACCUAAAUAUAUACAUGGAAGGACGAGGAUUUGCAAUAUUUCAGAUGAAUGUCUUUUACAACCUGGAGAGCAAAGCUUUUUCACAGAAACUCCAGCACGCCAAAGACGAGGAGGCUUUCUCAUUAGAGAUUGACGUUGUUGACGAAGGAGACUACGAUCACAUGCUGGUCUCUAUAUGCAUGAAGUUAAAGAACAAUCAGGUGAUAUCUCAUACGGGCAUGGUUCUACUGGAGGUGGGCAUGCUCAGUGGUUUCAGUCUCUCUCCUGCAGCUGCUGCCCCAACAGGUCUCAUCAGAAAGGUGGAGAUACUGCCUGAGAAAGUCAGCCUCUACCUAGAUUCACUUAACAAAUCAGAGGUUUGCAUCGGACUUCCGAUCAUCAGAGAUUAUAAAGUGGCCCAUGUACAGGAUGCUGUGGGGCACCUUUGCGACUACUAUGAACCUACGAGAAAAGCAAGAAAAACAUACAACUCAGAUGCUCUGCGCAACAUGAACUCCUGCUACUUCUGUGGUGAAAACUGUGAUGACUGCAAGCCAGGGAUCACUGUCGUUGUGUCCUCACUGUUAGAUAACUCGAUGAGCAGCGCCACCUGCAGCUUAAUUUACCUAUUUCUAGGAGUUACUGCUUUUUUUAUUGUAGUCUAAUAAGAUUGAAUUAGAGCUAAGAUAUAAUUAAGCGUAAUGAUAUAAUUUUAGCACGUACACACAUUGAUAUGCACUGGAUGCAAUUUAAAUAUUUUUUAUACAAGUUAUUAUUUCUUGUGAUUUUAAUAUUUAGAGGCCUGUUGUUUGCAUGCUGCUCUUUUGCUAAAUGCCUUCAACUGUUUACGAUGUGUUUUGUAUUAUUUUUUUGACAGACUGUGAAUGAGAAAUGAAUGUGUUGGAAACCUAUCAGUCAAAUUUAAUUUAUGUACUAUGAUAUUUUUGGUUCAAUACAAAAAAAUACAUUAGAAAACAAAAGAAUUUCUCUACUUAGAAACACAUAAAACCUCUGUAUGAUUCCAUGUGUUGACUGGAAUAAAAAGUCUGAUCAAGAACUCAUGUACAAUUGGCAGCAGAACAAAUUAAAAUGUACCCCAUGUGUCCUGUUGUCACCACCUCUGAAGAAAAUACAGGCAUGUUAAGCUGCCUGAAGACAUAUGAAGACUAAAAUAUGAUUUGUAUUCUACAUUUUGACUUGUGUUGAUGUAUAAUAGUCCUGCUUGAGUGAACCAGACCUCACUGAGUUUGGGUGUAAAUAUGGCACCAAGGAGGAAAAUGCCCUUUAAAGGGGACAUAUCAUGCUCAUUUCUAGGUUCAUACUUGUAUUUUGGGUUUCUACUAGAACAAGUUUACAUGCUUUAAUGUUAAAAAAAACGCUUUA